CGCGGGGACGGAGGGGCGAACACGUACGCACUCUCUGUCUGAGGGAGCAAACCAUUGUACGCAAAGAGAGAAAGAAAGGAAGAUCGAGGAGGAUGGCGUUCAUGCGGUACGACUACAGGGCGCUGCCGCAGGAGACGACGGUGGAGGAGUUCCGGGCGUGGCUGGCGCAGUUCGACGCGGACGGGGACGGGCGGAUCAGCCGGGAGGAGCUGCGGGAGGCGCUGCGCAGCCUCGACCUGUGGUUCGCCUGGUGGAAGGCCCGGGAGGCGCUGCGCGACGCCGACGCCAACCGCAACGGCCUCGUCGACGGCGACGAGAUGGCCAGGCUCUACGCCUUCGCGCGCACCAACCUCCACCUCAAGGCCGCCGACCUCGACGCCUAGCCGUAGCCUGGCACUAGCAGCAGCAGCCUCCCAAUAAUCUCUGUCCGAUCGGUCCAUCCAUCAGAUACGUACGUACGUACUCCUACUAGCUGGCUUGGAUGCGAUUGCUCGUGGCUGGUUGAUUGGUACAGUAUUAGGUUGUAAAUAAUCAGUGAAGUGGAUUUUGUGUUGUGUGUGCUACUGGCUCUCGACCUGUUUCUUUUUGUUCUUUCCUGCUUCGGAAGUUCAGAAUCUCUGAAAAAUGAACGACUGAACCGAUGCACGUGCCGGCAUCUUCAGCGAUCAGAACCGUAUGAUUUCUCCACUUGGAGACGUGGUCUGUGUGUGAAUAAUGAUGUUUGGAGACGUUGUCUGACC